AUGUCUUCGCGGGCGUUGCGGAGAGCACAGCGGGAACUGGAAGAAAAGCAAAUACAGGAAAAACUUGCACAGGAAGAACUCGAUGAAGAAGAGGAGUCAGAAGACGAAGUGGCGCCCAAGUCAAACGCAAAACCUAGUUUGUUUGCCAUGCUAGGAGAUGGCGACGACAACGACAACGACGACGACGACGACGAAGAAGAAGAGGUUGAAGAUGCCGAACGACAAGCUGAAGCCCAAGCCUCCGAUGACAAGGCCGAAGCUGCGAACGCACCCGCAUCAAACCCCUCAAGGAAGAGCAAGAAAAAGAAAAAGAAAAAAGCCAAGGGAAAAGCUGCUUCUUCAAAUUCCGAACCAAAAUCUGCAUCUACAAAGGCCCCAUCCGGUCUCGAUGAGAUUGACCAGGCGUUGCUUGCACUCAAUCUUGCAUCGAAUGGUCGAAUGGACACUGACUUACAGCAACAAGGCUCUGCCGUUAGCGAAGAGAAGCAGCAGCUGUUCGCCGUGCUGAGUGUCGACACGCAGCAUCUGCAUGCCGCAAAUGAAAUGAAGAAGCUUUUUGGCCGGGCUGCUCUGCAGAAUACUGACGAAGAGCAGCCGCGGGCACGACAAAGAGGCCAAGGGCAGCAGGGCGGUAUUGCUGCUGCCAUCGCAGGUCGCAAUGCCCCUGGUAACCGUAAUCUUGCCUCCCUAGGUCUUCGACGAAACAUUUUCAUUCAAGGCAAAGAAGAGUGGCCACGAGCAACAUCGGGAGGCCUGGGCAUGGAGAUCGUUGAGAAGCGAGCCGACGGUAGCGUCGAGUAUCGAUUCGUGCACAACAGCAUGUAUCAAGAAGUACAGCGACAAUUCCAAGUAUGUGUCGGCGGUAUGGAUCCUGAUCGCAUGGUCCAGCUUUUGCAUUUCAACCCAUAUCACAUCUCCACGCUUCUUCAAGUCUCUGAAAUCGCAAAGCAACAGCGCGAUAAUGCGACUGCGUCCGAUCUCCUUGAGCGCGCCCUCUUCACCUUUGGUCGCUCUGUUCACUCAACAUUCUCAGCGAAUCUGGCAGCUGGAAAGGCACGGCUCGACUUCCGCCGCCCAGAGAAUCGUGAGUUCUGGCUCGCUACAUGGCGCUAUAUCAGCACACUCGGCGUUCGAGCGACGUGGCGGACAGCACUCGAGUGGGCUAGAUUACUGGUGGCUAUGGACCCCGAGCAGGACCCGUACUGUCUCCGCCUGCUCCUCGACCAGCUAGCUUUGAGGGGACGAGACCCACAGGCACUGGUGGACCUAGCAGAGGCAGACUACCUGCAACGGCUUUGGAAGAUCCCGCCAAACCUUGCCUUCAGCGUUGCGCUUGCCUAUGAUCGUCUCAAGCAACCCCAAAAGGCACGUUCAGCGUUACGGAAUGCGGUCAAGGAGUAUCCAUGGCUGGCAGCACGACUGUGCAAGGAACUCGACAUUUCUCCGAUACCCAAGCCCAUUUGGGGCAAAGAGCCAAAUGGUGACUAUCAAGAACUGCUAUGCCAGAUUUACGUACCAAAGGCGAAGGAUCUGUGGAACACGACCGAAGGCACAGGUCUUCUCGUUGAGGUCUGCUACUCAUUUGAAGAGGAGCUCGGUGCAGGAGAAGACCCUUACUGGCUGGCUCAAAUACCAGAGACGGACUUGGCGAGACAUGUCAUCCUCUCCGACGACCGCAGUCUCCUCUCGCUCCUCGAGACGCGUGUCAAAUCCAAAUUCACAUCCGUCUCCGACCCUUUGCCUCCUGAUAACAACCUAAUCUCAUAUGACGCUUCCACUGUCGGGUCAGGCCCUGGACAUGACCGCCUUGCUGCAAUGCGGCGAGAGCUCCUCGCCGAACUUGAGGAGUUCCGGGAAUACUUUCAGAGGAUAGAGAUCGAGAACCUAGUGGGCGGAGGGCUGACGGAAGACAGUCUCAUCCAGGCACUGGAGCAGGCAGGUAGUAGCUUGGACGAGUUCAGAAGGAAUUCGGAGCGCUUCCAGAUGAUCCGCACGGGGCUACAAGAAGCAGGUGUGCAGGUUGUGUUUGACGGGGAGGCGGAGGGCCACGGAGCUGGGACGGGCUCAGAGACGGACGGAUAGACCUGGAUAAUGAGAUGUAUGCCCAGGCGACUUGUUCUGCCCAGCGUUUCGCGGAUCUUGUCUGUGAUACGUGAUGCGUAUAUGUAUAGCCCACCCCAUGUAUCCCUGUUUCCGUCUGACGGAAUUCGGAUCCGAGCCCACUAUGCUCAUACGGGUAAUAUGCGGAGACGUAGCUUGCAUACAAAAGAAGACCAGACGUCUGAAACAAGGUGAGUUGCACGCCACAUCGAAUCAAACUUGGCCACGUCCGUGCACUAGAGGCUCGGAAUCCCUGCCGCCGUUCCCC